AUAAAAAAAAUGUUUGUUUUGCAUUGUUGUUUAAUCAGUGUGUUAUUCGAGGCUUCAUAAAUCAUAACAUUACCAAACAAAAAAUAAUCGAACAAAAACAAAGAAAUUCUAACUGUUGCCUUUAAUGUAAAACCAAAGAAAAAUUCAUUUUUAACAAUCAAAUCAAAUGUAAUCAUUAGAGAAUUAAAAAAUUAUUCAACAAGAUGCGAACGAUUGAAGGAAAAGUUGUAAUUUUAGGAUCAAGAGAUAUGGGAUACAGCAGGUCAAGAACGCUUUCGUGCCGUUGCCCCAAUGUAUUAUCGAAAUGCGAAUGCUGCGAUACUUGUUUUUGAUUUAUCUCAACAUAAAACAUUCACAGAAAUCAAAUCAUGGAUUCAAGAACUACAUCGAAAUGUCCAAGAUCCAAUGAUACUUACAUUAGUUGGAAAUAAACUAGAUCUCACAUCGGCAAGAGCAGUGUCACGUGAUGAAGCUUAUCUCUUUGCUUCGUCUAUUGGAGCAAGUUACUUUGAGACAUCUGCUGAAAAAGAUCAAGGACUGGAGCAAGUGUUUGUCUCUACAGCUUUAGGAUUGGUUCGCUUAGCAGAUGAAGGCAAAAGUAGAAGUUUGCGUGCAUUUGAUUCUUGCGAUUCCAUAGCCGCCUACUCAAAUAAUAAUACCGCGUUGAGUCACAGUAAUAGUUCUACACAACUUUCAUUUCAUUUACCUUCAGUCCACAUUGGAAUACCGGUUGGCAAUGACGUGAAAGUGGAUGAUGUUGGGCGACUUGAAACCCCAUCUUGGAGUAUAGAGCAUAUUGCGUUUGGAGACGAAGAACGAGUCAGUUGGUGCUGUCUCUAA